AUGCUGUGGGGUACCGUUCUUGCGUCAGCUGAUAGAGCUCGUCAUCAGGAAUAUUAUAUAAUUGGUGUUGAUCCACUAGGCUUAUUUGCUUACGGUGCUACUAGUAGUUUUCAUUUUGUUUAUGAUCUAAACACUUAUGAGAUAAAAAUACAAAACCAGAGUAUAGUAUUGCCUCCUCCCCUAUCUGCUUAUCCUUUCUUUGUUCCACAUGCAUUAGGUAUGAGUGAACAUUUUGCUGUUGUAGCUGGAUAUGCUUUUACUUUUGAGCUUACUGACUCUGUAUUACUAAUAAGUGAUGUCGCAGUUCCUAUGAUGUCUGCUAUGAGUUAUACUUUGCAAUAUGACAUGGCUGUAGAUAUCAGUGAACAGAAUCAAGUUCUGAUCGCAGGAACAUUUAAGAAUAGUUCAGGUAUUGGACCGUGUAUUGUUUGUCCACAAGGAAGAAAAAAUUCAGGCGAUUCGGGCAUUCAAUGUGAUUGGUGUCAAAUAACAUCAUUUUGUCC